CUUUCCCUUCAUGGAACUAAGAAUAAACAACAAAGAAUGUUCUUCCUCCUCAUCAAACUUUGAAUCAUCUUUGAACGAAGGCUAAGAAUCUAUCCAUUUUUGUAAAGCCAUGGCCUCAGGAAACGCCCUCCUGCUACUAUUUUUGGCCUACAAAACAUUACACCCAACCCAAUAGGCCACAACCCCACGUCUUUUUCUACAAAAGGAACUCUCUUUUCCUUCUCCUUUUGCGCCCCCUCCUCACAAAUGACCACUUUUCCCCUUUUCCUCUGCUUCUUUUGUGCCAUCUUCCUCAAUGGUGUGUUCCAGCAAACAGGAGUGGAUGCAGGUUGGACGUAUGGAGUGAAUUAUGGAAGAAUAGCAGAUAAUAUACCACCUCCUGAAAGUGUGGUGACACUUCUGAAAGCUGCAAAGAUAAAGAACAUAAGAAUCUAUGAUGCUGAUCAUGGAGUCCUGACGGCUUUCAAAGGUUCGGGUAUUGAGAUUGUGGUCGGUCUCGGGAAUGAAUAUCUGAAAGACAUAAGCGUCGGGGAGGAUCGUGCGAUGAACUGGAUUAAAGAGAAUGUUCAGGCGUUUCUCCCGGACACUCAUAUACGAGGGAUCGCGGUUGGGAACGAGGUGUUGGGGGGAACUGAUGUUGAGCUGUGGGAAGUUCUUGUGCCUGCAGUUAAAAAUGUUUACAAUGCUCUUUAUAGGCUUCAAUUGACAAGCAUUGUGCAAGUUUCAAGUCCACAUUCAGAAGCUGUUUUUGCAAAUUCAUUUCCACCUUCCUCCUGCAUUUUCAAGGAAGAUAUUGUGCCAGUUAUGAAGCCUCUUUUGGAGUUCUUCAACCUCAUUGGCUCCCCUUUCUUCAUUAAUGCAUAUCCAUUCUUGGCUUACAAGAAUGACCCUCAACAUAUUGAUAUCGACUAUGCACUUUUCAAGAAGAACAAGGGCAUCUUUGAUACCAAAACCAAUCUCCAUUAUGAUAACAUGUUCGACGCUCAAGUUGAUGCAGCUUACAUUGCACUCGAAAAGGCUGGCUACCCGAAGAUGCCCGUCAUUGUCUCCGAGACUGGCUGGGCUUCUCAUGGGGAUGAGAACGAAGCUGGUGCUACUUUGAAAAAUGCAAGGACAUACAAUCGAAAUCUACGUAAGAAGUUGAUGAAGAAGAAGGGAACUCCUUACCGUCCCAAAACCGUCGUCAGGGCUUACAUUUUUGCUCUCUUCAACGAGAACUCGAAACCGGGGCCAACGUCUGAGAGGAAUUUCGGUCUGUUCAAGGCCGAUGGCAGCAUUUCAUACAAUAUUGGCUUCACCGGACUCAAACCUUCCUCUGCAGCACCCUCAUCUCUUCUCUCUUUCAAGAACCUUGGAUUUGGCUGCUCUUAUUCAAUGAUUCUCACAGCUUCCUCUGCUGUUCUUAUGCUGAUUCUUGCAUCAUAGAAUCAAGCUUCAAUGACAUCAACACAACCACCUCAAGAUCAAGCACUCUGUAAAUUCUUUAACAGUGAUUAUCUGAAUUUUUAAGAGACCAACGGAUUGAUUUUCAUUUUUUCAACACAACAUUUCAACAAUGUAACACAAAGUUAAGGCUUUGCUUGAUGAUGAUAUUCAAAUUCCAUUAUUUCCA